CGGGAUCUGACAGAAGCAGAGAAAUCGUACUGGUGACAGCAAAUUCGAUUUCUGUGAAUUUUGGAGUGCAAUCAAUAAUAAAAAUUGUGCCACGAUGGGAUCGCUGUUCCGCAGCGAGGAGAUGUCCCUCUGUCAGCUGUUUCUGCAGAGCGAGGCGGCAUACGCCUGCGUCUCCGAGUUGGGAGAACUGGGACUGGUGCAAUUUCGAGAUUUGAAUCCUGAUGUCAAUGCAUUUCAGCGUAAGUUCGUCAACGAAGUUCGGCGGUGUGAUGAAAUGGAAAGAAAGCUUCGCUACUUAGAAAAGGAAAUUAGAAAAGAUGGUAUUCCUAUGUUGGACACGGGUGAAAAUCCUGAAGCUCCCCAGCCUAGAGAAAUGAUCGAUCUUGAGGCCACUUUUGAGAAACUUGAAAAUGAACUACGUGAAGUAAACCGUAAUGCUGAAACCUUGAAAAGAAAUUUUUUAGAACUAACUGAACUCAAACACAUAUUGCGCAAAACUCAAGUUUUCUUCGAUGAGGCUGAGGUAGGCUACCAUCGUUCCUCGCAGAUGGCUGAUCCGUCCAGGGAGGAAGAACAAGUCAAUCUCCUGGGAGAAGAAGGCCUUCGUACGGGCGGACAGGCACUCAAACUUGGCUUCGUGGCUGGCGUCAUACUUCGAGAAAGGAUUCCGGCGUUCGAGCGCAUGCUGUGGAGGGCUUGUCGAGGCAAUGUAUUUCUCAGGCAAGCUGAGAUUGAAACUCCUUUAGAAGAUCCUACAACGAGUGAUCAAGUAUUCAAAUCCGUAUUCAUCAUAUUCUUCCAAGGAGAUCAACUUAAAACACGUGUCAAAAAAAUUUGUGAGGGUUUUAGAGCUACAUUGUAUCCAUGCCCGGAAGCACCCUCAGACAGGCGAGAAAUGGCUAUGGGAGUCAUGACUAGAAUAGAAGAUCUUAACACGGUAUUAGGACAAACUCAAGAUCACAGGCAUCGUGUGCUGGUCGCCGCUGCUAAGAACAUUAUGAAUUGGUUUAUUAAAGUUCGAAAAAUUAAAGCUAUUUAUCAUACACUGAAUUUGUUCAAUUUGGACGUAACACAAAAAUGUUUGAUUGCUGAAUGCUGGGUACCUGUGCUUGAUUUGGAAACAAUUCAAUUAGCACUUAGGAGAGGAACGGAACGUAGUGGCAGUUCUGUACCUCCUAUUCUAAACAGAAUGGAAACACAUGAGGAUCCUCCGACUUACAAUCGUACAAAUAAAUUUACUAGCGGAUUUCAAGCACUCAUUGAUGCUUAUGGUAUUGCAUCAUACAGAGAAGCAAAUCCCACUCCUUACACAAUAAUUACGUUUCCCUUCCUGUUCGCCGUUAUGUUCGGAGAUUUGGGUCACGGAGCUAUAAUGGCACUUUUUGGGGCAUGGAUGAUUUUGAAGGAAAAACCAUUGGCAGCGAAGAAAACGGAUAAUGAGAUUUGGAAUAUAUUUUUUGGUGGUCGUUAUAUCAUCUUUCUAAUGGGAGUAUUUUCAAUGUAUACUGGUUUCAUUUACAAUGAUAUUUUCUCAAAAUCGCUUAAUAUAUUUGGCUCAUCUUGGUCUACAAACUAUAAUUUAUCAACGAUAUUAACAAAUGAUGCAUUACAACUAAAUCCAGCAAACAAAGAUAUGUAUGAUGGUACGCCAUAUCCAAUUGGCUUGGACCCAGUAUGGCAGCUAUCUGCAAAUAAAAUUAUUUUUCAAAAUGCUUACAAGAUGAAAAUAUCAAUUAUUAUUGGAGUUAUUCAUAUGUUGUUUGGUGUUUCACUAAGUCUUUGGAAUUACAACUAUUUCAAAAAUAAACUCAGUAUUUUAUGUGAAUUCAUUCCGCAGAUUAUAUUUCUGACUUUCUUAUUCUUUUAUAUGGUUUUGCUCAUGUUUAUUAAGUGGGUGACUUAUUUUCCUACAGAUAAUGAUAAAGAAAUCCCAGUAAGCCCUCAGUGUGCCCCCUCCAUUCUUAUAACGUUUAUCAAUAUGGUUUUAUUCAAACCAUCAACACAUUCUCUGGCAUGUGAAACUCCAUACAUGUACAGUGGUCAAGGGGGUUUACAAAAGCUCCUUGUUGUUUUGGCCUUGCUUUGUGUACCAUGGAUGUUAUUUGCAAAGCCAGUUUACAUCAUGCAAAUGCGGAAAAAACAAGCCUUGUUGGGAGCAAAUCAUCAACAAAUGGCAACUGAAAACGGUGAUGCAGAAGGAAUGGGCAACCAACAGCAGCAACCGGCUCAGGGAGGUGGUCAUGGCCAUGAUGAUAAUACUGAGAUGAGCGAAAUUUUUAUUCAUCAAGGUAUUCACACAAUUGAGUAUGUGCUGGGAUCUGUAUCACAUACUGCAAGUUAUUUGCGUCUUUGGGCGCUGUCGUUGGCUCAUGCCCAAUUAGCAGAAGUAUUAUGGAAUAUGGUUAUGAAGCAAGGAUUAGUUUAUGAUGGCUGGGUCGGUGGAGUUGCUUUGUGGUUGGUGUUUGCUUUUUGGGGCGUUCUCACCGUUGGAAUUCUUGUGCUGAUGGAGGGCCUCUCUGCUUUCUUACAUACACUU